GUCCACUGAGACACCAGACAACACUAGAAAACGGGGGGCAAAAUAGUCUGGUGUAUUUCAAGUCGGAAACAGAUUCAGACAGCUUUGGUCUGUAAUGCUACAGCUGGACCCCACUCCUGUGCUCAUUAAUCGAGUUACUCAGCGCAUGUAUACGGGUAAUCCGAUUAUCUCUAUUUUUUCCCCCUACAUCCGCGCAUGUGCAAAAUGGCAACCGGAGAGAGAAAAAAUCUGCCCUGGAAACUGUAAACACAUUUAUUCAGCACUACAGGUUUCAUUUGACGCUAUUACAUGGGAAAAUGGCGACAAAGCAGCAUUUUUGGAGCGAUAGUGAGACAACUUUCAUGCUUGACGAAAUGAAAGAUUUGAAUAUUCUUCAGCUUCUCGACGGGAGGAAAUACAGGAACGGAGACAUGUUUAAGAAGCUGUCAGAUAAGAUGGCCUUGGCAGGUUAUACACGGAGUGUGGAGCAGAUCCGCACUCGAUGGAAAGUCCUGCGGCAGUCUUAUUUCAGAGCUAAGAGGCAGAGCAGCAGCAGUAGCAGCAGUGUGGUAGUAAGCCCGGUGGACUGCCCUUAUUUCGACACACUCGAAGAUCUUUUAGGUCCCAUCCACUUCUCAGCCACAGAGGGAAGCGGAGUGGAUGUAGGGUUCCAGGAGCUAACUCCAAGCCAAACAGUGGAGGAUGUGGCCUCAUCACUAUCAUCACCAGAGGGUGUUGAAGACACAGAGACACAAGAUAUCCAUGUGGAAGUUGAAUCAGCUCACCUCGUACAAUCAGCACCUCAGCAACGCCUCACUGGUUCAAAAAUCAGGAAAAAGAGGCGCAGGGUUGAUCAAGACCACUACAGCUUCCUGGAGAAUUUGCAAAGACAGCAUCAGACUUGGCUGGUAAGCCAGAUGCAGCAGCAACAGGAGCGUGAUGAACGUUUUAUUUCAUCUCUUAUGGAGGCCAAUGCACAGGCUACAGAACGGGUUGUUUCUUUAAUGCUCGAUGGACUGCAGAAGAUGAUAACUCCGAACGUGAACAGCCCACAUCGUUCUACAGCACUGCACCAUCCUGCUCAAAAUGGAAUUUCAAGUCCUCGACCAUUGAUAAAGAAUGAAGACUUUGAGGACUAUGAGACAGGGUAGAGAAUGUGUGUAAACUGUGCAGCACAGAGCAAACAGUGAAGGCCUGGUAAGCUCCACUGAGGAUCUAGUGUUUAUGACUAGAGUAAAACACAGGCAAGCUACACUGAUCAGGCAUAACAUUAUAACCACCUGCCUAAUAUUGUGUUGAUCCCCCUUUUGCUGCCAAAACAGCCCUGACCCAUCUUGCACUGUGCAUUCUGACACGGGCCAGCCUUCACACCCCACGUGCAUCAAUGAGCCUUGGCCGCCCAUGACCCUGUCGGCGGUUAACUACUGUUCAUUCCUUGGACCACUUUUGAUAGAGACUGACCAAUGCAGACCGGGAACACCCCACAAGAGCUGCAGUUUUGGAGAUGCUCUGAUCCAGUCAUCUAGCCAUCACAAUUUGGCCCUUGUCAAAUCCUCACGCUUGCCCAUUUUUCCUGCUUCUAACACAUCAACUUUGAGGACAAAAUGUUCACUUGCUGCCUAAUAUAUCCCACCCACUAACAGGUGCCAUGAUGAGGAGAUAAUCAGUGUUAUUCACUUCACCUCUCAGUGCUCAUAAUGUUAUGCCUGAUCAGUGUAUGUGUUGAACAGUAGCAGAAGCAAAACUACGAGUAGCACAAGCAAAGUUACCAGCAUGCAUGUUUAUAAAAACAUCACAUAAAAUGUGUGGCUUUGAGAAAAAGACAUCACAUUUUGUUUAUGCGCAUUUGUUUAUGCGCCGUUGUCCUUCCUGCCUGCCCUGUGUACAGAAAUGAUGGAUAAUUUAAUUUACUCCAUGACACUUUGUUUAGACCAUUAAAUCCUGACAGUUUAUACAACAGCACUGCCAAAUUCUCAAAUGGGAUUGGUCAGGUGUCAAUAAAUUUUUUCAAACAGCAGCUGACAGUAUCUCCGGCUGUAGUUCAGAUCACAGGUUUAUUUUAAUGUGCGUGAUCUAAUACGUUAUAAUUUCUACAGUAACAGAUAACACUUGUAUGGAGGAUGCUCUGCAAUAAUCUAAGCUUAAUAAUAUGGAUUAAAGAGGUCUUGUUACUUAACAAAUAAACCAUAUCACCGUUAUGGUGAAAUCCUAAGGAAAAAGAAUGUUUUGCUUUUUUACAUAACAAGCUUGCUUUCUUUUUUGGGGCAAGUAAAAGUCAGAUACUGGUGAGACAGUUUAUAUUGUGAUAACAGGUACUUACUAUGUCUCUAUGUUCCGCAAUAUUAAAUGUUACUAUAUAUGGCUAAAAAGCAUGAUAGGUCAUUCAUUAAUAAAUUAAAAAUUGUAGUCAAAUUGCUGUGUUAUAAGAGGAAUAAAAACAUGAGAGUAAAGCAAA